AUGGGUGCGGGUAUACCCGUGACUUCGUUUUAUUCGUGUCACCGAACCCGUUACACACGGCUACAAGCAACAAAGGACGCGCUGUUUGAGGAGCUCGACAACGGCCACCUAUCCGACGUAGACGGGGAAUUCGAUGAAUCAGACGACGACAGUGUGGUGCCUUGUGCUCCUGAUGAAGAUCCAGUGGAGAGCGACACUGAAAGCUCCGAUGACGAGAAUGCACUGAACACAUCUGGCGGCUGGAGACGAAAAUUAUUCAAGGCGCCAGACUCAACUUACAAAGGCGAUGUCCAUGAAGCAUCGGAACUCAGAGAGUUGCUGUCCCCUUACGAAUAUUUCAAAGGGUAUGUGCCAAAUAGUGUAUUUCUGGAGCUGGCUGAAAAAACAAACCGGUACUCAGUGUUUCACGAAGGAAGCUCCAUCAACACCAACGAGGCAGAGAUAAGGCGUCGAGUCGCACUACAUCUCACAAUGGGUGUUCUCCAUUACCCGAGGUUCAGACUCUACUGGAAGCCGAGCAUGAGGUGUGAUAUCGUGGCGUCUGCAGGAUUGUCGCGCAACCACUUUGAAAAGUUCCAAAAUAACCUGCACAUUGUGGAUGUGAAUUACCCUGACGCUACUGACCGUCUCUGGAAAGUAAGGCCAUUGCUUGAUAAGUUCCAAAGAAAGUGCAAGUCACUUGUAGCAGAGGAGUGCCUCUGCAUAGAUGAACAGAUGGUGCCCUUCAAAGGACACCUCGACAUGAAGCAAUAUGUCAAAGGAAAGCCGAACCCAUGGGGCAUCAAAAUAUUUAUGCUCUGUGGCGAAUUUGGCCUUGUAUAUGACUUUAUGCCCUAUCAGGGGUCCACAACAAUGACCGAAGACCACAUCAAACAGCAGUAUCGUGUUACCGGCGCAGUAGUGCUGCGUUUAGCUACCGAAUUCCAUCUGGUGUGGGACACAAGCUUUUUUUGA